AUGGAUAAGUUUCUCAUCAAGUUACCAAAGCCAAAAGAUGGCCAACCAAGUUCUAGCUCUAAUCAACCAUUUGUGAGUUCACAAGUUGCUCCGGAAGUUCAAAGACAUACAAAUUCUUUUCCACUUUCAAAUAUGGAUAAUAUGCUUGAUUUUAAAUCUCUUGAAGCAGAUCCCAAAGAUCGAAUGCCUAUUUCAUCUUAUGAUCCUAAUAUUCGAGAUGCGGUAAGGAGGAUGCAAGAUUUGAAAAGCCAACGACAAUCGAUCCAAUCUUCUUUUGACAAGCAAAGUGAAAAGGCAAGAAGUGAUUAUCGGAUGCGUUUAAAUGCCUCAAUUGAUGUAGCAAGAUUUCUCUUGACAUCGGGAUUUCCAUUUCGUGGGCAUGAUGAAAGUGAAGGUUCCGAAUAUAAGGGUGCUUUUCUUGAACUUUUGAAAUGGUAUGGGGAUAGAAGUUUUGAUGUGGGAAGAGUAAUAUUAGGUAAUGCUCCACAAAAUGAUAUGAUGAUUUGUCCGACAAUUCAAAAAGAUAUUGUGGAGGCUUGUGAUAAAGAAACAACUAAGGCUAUCAUUGAAGACUUGGACGGUGAUUAUUUUGGAAUAUUAGUUGAUGAAUCAAAGGAUGUUUCUCAUAAGGAGCAAAUGGCUCUAAUUUUGAGAUAUGUCAACAAAAGUGGAAUGGUAAUAGAGCGAUUCUUGGGUAUUGUCCACGUAAAUGAUACAUCUUCUCAAUCAUUAAAAAAGACAAUUUAUUCUUUACUUUUGGAUCACUCAUUAUGUACAUCUAAAAUACGUGGUCAAGGUUAUGAUGGGGCUAGUAAUAUGCAAGGGAAAAUAAAUGGUCUCAAGUCUUUGAUUUUACAAGAUACGUCAUCUACAUAUUCUAUUCACUGUUUUGCUCACCAAUUGCAAUUGGCACUUGUAGGUCUUUCCAAAAAGAAUUCGGAUGUGGAUAAAUUUUUUUAUGUUCUCACUAAUAUUUUGAAUACUAUUGGAGCUUCAUUUAAACGCAGAGAUUCACUUCGACAACAUCAAGAAGAUAAGUUGGAAGAGUUGCUUAAAUUUGGAGAAGUUCAUACAGGGCAAGGUUUGAAUCAAGAACGUGGCCUCCAACGACCGGGUGAUACUCGUUGGGGGUCUCAUUUUAAAACCUUGGACAAUUUCCUGAUUGUUUUUUCUUCAAUUGUUAAUGUGCUUAAGGAUAUGAAACGUGAUUGUCCAUAUCAUCUUGAUAGAUUUGCAGCGGAAAAUCUUUUGAGCAAGAUUCAUGAAUUUGAAUUUGUCUUUAUGUUGCAAUUGAUGUUUAAGGUGUUGCUAUUGACGAAAGAGUUGAAUAAAGUUUUACAAAAGAAAGAUCAAGAUAUCGUUAAUGCUAUGGGAUUGCUUGACCUUUCAAAGAAACGAUUGCAAAUAAUGAGAAAGGAUGAAUGGGACUCUAUGAUGGAUGAGGUUAGCUUAUUUUGUGGUAAACAUGGAAUUUCAAUUCCCAAAAUGAAUGAAGACUACUCUAAUGGGAAGUCGAAGCGUAAGAGGUCCAAUACUUCAUAUUUGCAUCACUUUCGUGUGGAAGUAUUUUAUGCCGUCAUUGAUUUGGCACUUCAAGAACUCAAUAAUCGUUUUGAUGUGGUGACUAGUGACUUGCUCCUCGGUAUGGCUAGUUUGAGUCCCGUUGAUUCAUUUGCUAAUUUUCACAAGGAUAGGAUAAUGAAACUAGCCGAGUACUACCCAAGUGAGUUUGGUGAUAAAGAGCUUCGGGAACUCAAUUUUCAACUUGAUGAUUUUAUUGUCUAUGCUCAAAAGUGUGAUAGCAAGUUUCUCAACUUGAAGGGAAUCAAGGAUCUUGCAAAAGUGAUGAUAGAGACAAAACUAGAUCAAACUUGGUCACUUGUGUAUCUACUUGUGAAGUUAACUUGA